AUGAAAGAAUUGAAGAUGUAAAGCAAGCUAUGAUGAAAGAUGAUGAAUCGAUGAAGUUACUGAGAUAUAUAAAACAUGGAUGGCCCGAGCAUAAGUUAUGCAAGUAUGAUGCGCCGUGCUCGUGAAACUGUCUUUUGGAUUGGUAUGUCCAAAGAAAUUGAGCAAAUUGCUAACAAUUGUUUUUCUUGUCAGCAGACGAAACCAAAUAAUCAGAAAGAACCAUUAUUGCAACACAACGAAGGAAGUGUUCCUUGGGAAAAAGUUGGAAUUGAUUUAUGUGAGUAUAAAGGGAAAAUUAUCUAAUCACGGUUGAUUAUUUUUCAAGUUUCUUUGAAGUUGAUGUGAUGACGACGACAACUACGAAUCAAAUCAUCAUAUGUCUGAAACGCCAUUUUGCUCGACAUGGUAUUCCAAAGAUGUUAAUCUCAGAUUGUGGGAGAAAUCUCAACUCGUCGGAAUUCGAGAAAUUCAUGAGAGAUUGGAGAAUUCAGCAUGUUACCUCUUCACCCGGACAUCAACAAGCGAAUGGAAAAGCUGAAUCGUCCGUGAAAAUUUUCAAGAAUAUGCUGAAAAGGACUGCCAACACGAAUGAAGAUCAAUUUCUAGCUCUUCUAGAAAUAAGAAAUACGCCGCGUCAAGAUUUGGACAGCAGUCCGUCAAAGAUGCUAUUUUGUCGAUCAACCAGAUCGAUUAUACCGACAGUUAUGAAACCAAACGAAAACUACGACUCGAAACGCCUGCGUCGAAAGCACAGCGUGAAGAAGAGUUAUGACAAAUCUACAAGACCAAUGCGAGAACUUGAGUUGGGCGAAGCUGUAUAUUUUCAACAUCCAGAACAGAAGGGAUGGAAUAGAGGAACUAUUAUGAAACGAAUUGCUACAUCUUACAUUGUCAAAUCGAAGAAUGGUGUUACAUACAGACGAAAUCGUGUUCAUAUCCGUCCUGAUGAAAGUUGUAAUAUCGAAAAAUAUGAACCAAGUGUUCCAUUCUUGUCUGACUAUAAGCCGAACAACCUCCCGGUUGCCAAUGACAAUUCUCGACCUCUGAUUUCGAAUGAUGUUCCAACCAGACCUCGUCGAAAUCGUAAACCUCCUAUUUGGAUGAAAGACUAUGUGACUCAGUAG